AUGGGUUCUUCGCUGAGAAGCUUUAUUAAAGAUGUUCGCGGAGCUAAAACUCUGGCUGAUGAAAGAGCUACCAUAACAAAACAGUCUGCCAAAAUAAGAACAAAGUUAAGAGACGAUCAUCUGCCACAUGAGAAAAGGCGAGUAAAUAUUCAGAAACUGUUGUAUCUAUACAUUCUUGGAGAAAAAACACAUUUUGGCCAAGUGGAAUCUAUUAAUUUGAUUGCUUCUGAUGAUUUCGUCGAUAAAAGGUUAGGCUAUCUAGCUGCCACUUUGUUGCUGGAUGAAUCGGAAGACUUGUUGACUCUAUUGACAAACAUGCUGAACAACGAUUUGCAUCACCCAAACAAGUACGCCGUGUCACUAGCAUUGACUUCAUUGGGCUUUUUAAGUUCCCCUGAAUUGGCUAGAGAUUUAUACCCAGACGUGGAAAACAUCAUCAAAAAUUCGAAAGACCCUUUCCUCUUGAAAAAAGCUCUUCAAUGUGCUGCCAAACUAAUCUCCAAAGAUACCUCUCUCCUAGAAAUCUUCAAUAUUGAAGACAUCACCAGAAUACUAUCCAAUCAUUCAAUUUGUACCCAUGGUGUCUUGCUAGGUAUCACCAAAAUUUUACAAUCCGUUUUAUCAAUUGGUUUACACCCUGAGAAUGACGACGAUGACGACGGGAUCGAUUACGCCAACGAUGUCCUAUCUCCAUUAUCUCUACUCUUGCGUGAUUUUUUCACUCGUUUGGAGAAUUUAAAUUCUAAAAACAUCGAACCUGGAUACGAUGUUCAAGGUAUUUGUGACCCAUUUUUGCAGUGUGAAAUGAUUUACACUCUAAAACUCUACUUCCAAAAUGGAGAAUUAUUGAAUUCGAAUCACGUACUGGACUACAAGGAUAAUUUCUGUGAUCUAUUAACCCGUAUAGCCACCAACACAGACUCGACAAAAAAUAGUGGACAAGCCAUUCUUUACGAAACUGCAAAGGCGAUUUUUUCUUUGAAUUUGAACCAACCACUACGUGUCCUUGGUGUCAGUAUUUUGGCAAAGUUCCUUGUAGGAAAAGACAACAACACAAAAUACGUUUCGCUAAACACUUUAUUAAAAGUCGUCCCUCAAGAACCUACUGCAGUGCAAAGACACAGAAAAUUCAUUUCUCACUGUUUGCAAGACAACGAUAUUUCGAUCCGAAUGAGAGCGUUGGAGCUAAGUUUCGCCAUCUUGGAUAGUUCAAAUUUAGUAGAGCUGAUUAACGAAUUAAUGAAAUUUUUGGCCAAACAAGAUGAGGAUUCAAAAGAUUUAAUCAUUUACACCAUUGACCACCUAAUCGAUACUUUUGAUACUCACACUGUCAAGGAUGAAAACUGGAAACUAGAUGUAUUCUUAAACGUUUUAAAAUUAGUGGGGCCAUUUAUCAAUUAUGAAAAGAUUAAUGAUAUCCUAAUCAUAAUAAAUAACACCACUCAAUUAUCUGAUAAAUACAAUUUUUUGCGGAAACUACUAAUCAUUUCGUUAGACGAAAAAUCAAUAGAAAUUUCUGACGAAAAUAUUGGCUGGAAAUUAGUAUUAAUUUGGUGUAUUGGCGAAUAUUGCGAUUUGCUAUUAAACGAUAAUGAUGAAAGCAACGCGAAAAUAAUCAAUGAAUCGUCUAUAACGAAUUACCUGUUGAACUUACAAGAGUGCUACACCACAACAAACCACAAGAUUAUUAAUUAUAUCCUAACAACGGCAUUAAAGUUAUCAAUAAAAUUCCAGGACCCCAAAAAUAUUGAAAAGUUAAGACAGUUAAUAUUGAGCUAUGCAGACUCCACUGAUCUAUUACUCCAAAUGAAAAGCAACCAAUACGAAAUAUUAUUCAAUCAGCCAGUAUCUGUUAAGAGAAUCGUUUUAGAAACGAUGCCUAAGUUUGAAAAGGUCGCCGAGAAACAAGAUAAAGUAAAGAAGACAUCGAAAAAUCUUGUAUCUAACGAACCCGCUGAUUUACUAUCUGAUUUUUUGAGUGACGAUAAUAAAACGGAUGCCAUAGCUGCCACAGAUAACAACGUUGAACCAACGGACAUAUUAGAGGAGAUUUUCGGAGGAAAGAAAGAUACAAAACGACCACUGAAGAAUGGUAAGGAAGAGUCAAUUGACCAACCGUUACCAGUGACUGCCGAUUCAAACGUCACACUACCUUCAAGUGCUACAAAGAUCCAUGACAGUGCUUCAUUGAAUGUAUACGCUACUUUACUCUCAGCAAAUUCUGGAUUAGCACAUAUAGAGUUAUUUUUUCAAGCAAAGUCUAUGCUAUCUGAUCUGCAAACUUUCUGUGCCGUUCCUAAAGCUCAAAAACUCACACUAGGUCAAUUACAUCCGUCUUCAACAAUAAGGGCCAACCAAAUCUGCAAACAAUCCCUAAAGAUUUCCGGAUCCGGGAAGUUGAAAUUAAGAGUUAAGUUGGGUUUUCAUUUAGAUGGUUCCCCAUCAGCUACCAAUGAACAGUUUGAUCACAAAUUCGAUACAACUUUAUAA